AACCCUAAUCCGCCAACAGAACUCAGGGUUUCUCUGUUCCUUCCCUCUAUCGCUCGCUCGCUGCAAACGCUACAAACCAAUCCGCCGCCGCCGCCGCCAUGGGGAAGGUGCACGGUUCUCUGGCUCGUGCCGGGAAGGUGAGAGGGCAGACGCCCAAGGUCGCGAAGCAGGACAAGAAGAAGAAGCCCCGUGGCAGGGCCUACAAGCGCAUGCAGUACAACCGCCGCUUCGUCACCGCCGUUGUUGGAUUCGGGAGGAAGCGAGGGCCCAACUCAUCCGAGAAGUAAAAAAAGAUCGCGGUAGACUCCUCUUCAAUAUUUAGUUUCAAAAAAAUAUAGGGUUUUGUUUCCGGAUUCUGAAUUAUGGGUCUGGAUUCUGUGCUUCGAGAAUGGUUUAUGGAAAUAUUGAAUCGAUUGGGGGGUAAUGCUAUGUUUUGCCCCUCUUUAGAGAUGCUUCGGUAGCUAUCUAUCGUUAUUCUGAAGGAAGUUUCCAUUUUUUGGAUCACAUUUGUUCUAUUCGUCUUUCAAAAUUUAGCUCCUUUUGUAUGGUUGCUGCUGUGUCGAUGUUAAUUGGAUAUCCAGCUUGAAUUGUUAAUGAUGAAUGAGAUGCAGUCUUAAUCAGUUGUGAGUUUGAUAUUA